AGUGCGCGCUGCGCUCCCGGGGCUGCUCGGCGCGGUCCCCUCCCCCUCCCCCUCCAGGGCCCGGUGCCCUACGGCGGCGGCGGCGCGGGAGCGGGGGCCGGGGAGCGCGCGCGUGUUGGCCGCGCGCCCACGGGGCCGCGAGCCGCCGAUUCCUGCCGAGUGUAGAGAGCAGGAGAGUGAACAGGGAGCGGGGCUUUUGUCUGUUGGUCUUCCUGGACUGAAGAAAGGGAGAAUAGAAGCCCAAGAGUAUUAAGAUUCUCAAAAUGGUUUACUUCCCGGAACUUCUGGUCUGGGUCAGCCAAGAACCAUUUCCAAACAAGGAAAUGGAGGGAGGUCUUACUAAGGGAAGACUUCCCAUUCCUAAGGAAGUGAACCGCAAGAAGACGGAGGAGACCGGUGCUGCCUCGCUGACUCCGCCUGGCAGCCAUGAACUCUGCUCCCCAGCCAUCGGUUACCUCCACCCUUUUUAACUGUCCCACCUCCAUUUGUAUUGCAUAUCGUGUAUGGGGUUUUGAUGAGGUCUUGGUAUCAUAUAUGGGAUUUUUUUUCUGUGUAAAUCAUCAACUAUAAGAAGAAACUAUGGGACUCUAAGCCUGGCUUUAGAGAAUUUACAGUGGACAAAUAGGUUUCAUCAAACCAGUUUUUAAUCAUUCUGACUCAAGUGAAAACGCUCAGAAUUUUCACACUGUGAAUCCACGUUUACAACCCCCUACAGGUGGGCCUUCAGGCCUGGUUCGCUACAACAAUGUCUUCCACAACUCAAAACUCCUACUGCUCUCAUGACUGGUCCACUCCUGCCUUUCAUCACAUAGCUCCCGACUGCUUCUUGCAGAGGCUGAGAGUCCCCCACUUUUUUUUUUU